ACAGGCGGACAUGGAACUCAAAAAAGUUUAGGUCUCUUGUCCACUGAAACAGCUCUCGAUCCGAAAAGCGAUGAGUUUCCGGAGCCUGUGUUUGUCACAGCAACGUCGGACAAUCACUUUAGGGAAGCACUAACACUGAUUGCAAGUAUACGGAAACUGUGGCCGCAGAAGAAGAUUGUCGUCUACAACUUGGGACUAAGCCCGAAGAUUAUACAAAUGUUGAAGGCAAAAUGUUUCGUGGAGUUGCGCAGUUUUCCCAUUCUCUACCUAUCCGCCUUAUCUUAUGAAAUCCAAUUGGAUCAGUAUAGAUGGAAACCCCUGCUGAUCGCGAUGGCGGUGAAGGAAUUCGGAGCCGUCUGGUAUAUGGAUACAUCGAUACGAUGGAAAACAGAUCGAUUAAACCAGGUGUACGACGAGAUUCGAUGUCGGAAAGAUCACGGCUGGUCGGAGUGA